AUGUGCCAGCAUGCCCGAGUGGGCUGCCCCAGCGUGGACGGGCAGCUGGUGGAGCGCGGCCGGCAGGACAUGCGGCGCCUGGCGGGACGCCUUGCCCGCCUCUUCCCCGCGCUGCUCGGCCGCCGCCACGCUGGCCGCCUGCGGGCGCUCAGCAGCUCCAAGCCACGCUGCGUGGACAGCGGCAUCGCCUUCCUGCAGGGCCUGUGGCAGCACCACCACCCCGGGGAGCCCGCGCCUGGCCCGGCGGACAUGGAGUACGGGCCUCUGGAAAUUAACGAUAAGCUGAUGCGCUUCUUCGAUCAUUGUGAGAAGUUUCUAACUGAAGUGGAAGGAAAUGCCACAGCUCUUCAUCAUGUGGAAGCUUUUAAGACUGGGCCCGAAAUGCAGAACAUUCUAAAUGAUUCAUAA